AGCCAACGGCAGUGCAGCUCGGCCUUGCUAGCGGGGCGGCUCCGGGGGCGGUGCCGGUACGGCAGGUGCCUCCCUCCGCCACGUCAGGGGAGUUUCCCGAGGCGAGGCGGGUCGAGCCGCGUCUUCUUCCUCCUCGGUUUCCCCCGGCCGCCACCACCGGAGACGCCGCGGAGGGAGAGUAGUGCCGGCUGCCAUGGAGGCCCGCUACAACCUCAAGAGCCCGGCUGUCAAACGUUUGAUGAAAGAGGCUGCAGAACUGAAGGAUCCUACAGAUCAUUAUCAUGCACAGCCUUUGGAGGAUAAUCUUUUUGAAUGGCACUUUACUGUGAGAGGUCCUCCAGAUUCAGAUUUUGAUGGAGGAAUAUAUCACGGACGAAUAGUGCUUCCACCUGAAUAUCCCAUGAAACCACCAAGCAUUAUUUUGCUGACGGCUAAUGGCAGGUUUGAAGUGGGGAAGAAAAUUUGCUUAAGCAUUUCAGGGCAUCAUCCUGAAACAUGGCAGCCUUCAUGGAGUAUAAGAACAGCUUUACUAGCAAUUAUUGGAUUUAUGCCAACCAAAGGUGAAGGAGCAAUAGGAUCUCUGGAUUAUACACCAGAAGAAAGAAGAGCUCUCGCGAAGAAGUCACAAGACUUCUGUUGUGAAAUGUGUGGCACAUCUAUGAAGACAGCUCUCUUACCACUAACGUCAGGAAGUGGAUCAAGCCAGGCAGACAAGGAGGCUAAAGAACUUGCCAGACAAAUUAGCUUCAAGGCAGAAGUCAAUUCGUCCAGGAAGUCUGAAGCAGAACCUUCAAACUCAGCAGGACUGAACUGCUCUGCGACUUCACCUGAGCCCCAGCAGGAUGGUGCAACUCAAGCAUUCCGGGAUCCAGCAAGUGCAAUGUCAGAAGCUCAGCCCGGCAGCACAGCAGCUGGUCAGGAGCGUGCUCCGUCUGUGCCCACAAACACAUCCCUGAGUCCCCGGCAGCGUCGUGCCCAGCAGCACAGCCAGAGAUGGGCUCCAGCUUCAACUGACUUUAAUCGGGUGCAGCAGCCCAGGGCCAACCCCAACCACACUGGAUCCACCGUUCUGAUCGUCCUUCUGACCUUUGCGCUCGCGGCUCUUAUAUUUCGGAGAAUGUGCUUGGCUAAUGAGUACAUAUUUGAGUUAUAAGGUUGUCUCUAUUGUAAGAGCAGUGAUUUGGAUGCUCUACUGAACGUUCUGUAUUGCAUUUGACAUGGGAACUGUUUACAAAGAUUACUUUUGUAUGUAUGCUUACAUCCAUACGAAUGUUAAUGUAGCUGCAGAUACGUUACUUUAAGAGAAGCCAAGCUGGACGUCUGACUGCAAGAAGUGUUAACUCAGUGCCCAACAGAUUGCUGGAGAGAGCGUGGUGAAGUAGUAAGGCUAAAGGACACGUGAGGGGGGUGGUACAGUAAUUUAUUAAUUGGAAAAAGGCAAUUUUAAAAAGUGGCUGAUUCACUUUUUUAAUGGAACAUAAAUGCAAUUACCAACCCUGUAUAAGUUAGCAUAAGAUCUAGCAUUGGAGACAAAAUUAUAAAAUGAAUCAGUACAAUGUGUUGGGGCCCAGUGAGCUCUUAAUUUAGAGGUGAUACAGCUUUGUAACACUUCAUUUACUGUGACACAUUUCUAGAGCAGAACACAUACAAACUGGUUGAGAUUCUGCUCUGUGUGUGUGAAAGGGGGAAAGGAGUGGGACAGGAAAGAAGGGGCCAGAAAACUAUUUGCAUUAUUUUGUUUUUUUAUUUGUUUGUAGGUAAGACUGGAUAAUCUUCUGCAAGAUUUGAAUGUCCUCUUCUAAUACUCUCAACUGUAUAUCUUGCUUUUUUAAAAUUGGAAGGUUAAUGUAAAACAUGCCUAUUCUUGCAAUAGUUAUAAAUAUGUAAUAUAAUUAUUUACCCAGAGUUAUUGUCUUUUAAUUAUACCAGAAGUAUACAUAGGGCAUUAAGCCAAAUGUUUCACUUGUGGUUUUAUUUCCUAAAGAAAACAUAAACCUUAUUAUACUUAAGCUCUCAUAUAUAUGAACAUGCUUAAGAGAACUAUUUAUUAAAACUAGGUAGUAACAAACUGUUUCAAGCCAGUCUUCGGUUACGUUUUAAGUAUCUCAGAACUUUUUAUUUGUUUUGUUUUGGUGGUUUGUAGCCUGAAAUCAAUAUUGGACCCAGAGACUUUCUGUAUUAUUAUUUUAUUAAAAAUAAAUAACUGGUAAGAUACUCAUGAAUGCUGUGAAAUCAUAUAUUCGGGCAAUAGACCAAAACUUGUUAAGGUUUGAGAGGUUUUGUCUGUAGAAUCUUCUAAGGCAUUGCAGUGAAGUAAAAGAAAGCAAUUGGUGGGAUAAUCUUCCACCCAUGUUACUGUAACUAAAUCUUGGUUUUGUUGUCAAAUAGCACAGACUUCAGCUAGAUUUUCAUCCUGCUCCUAGGCAAGUACUUACUAAAGUACUCUCCUAAAUUUUGUGAAGUACAGUACGUGGCAGUGGUUUGAAACAUUAAUGUAACUAUAACAACCUCUAAAAUAAAUAAAGCCCGUUCUAUGUCUAAUGGGGCUAUUGACAUCUGAUUUUUUUAAGACAACAAAUCUUUAUAGCAUUGUUGAUGCUCUUGCUUGUGGAACAGAGAUGGAAGAAAACUACAUGCUUUACUGAACAGAUCACAUUCCACUGCAGAACAGUUUGGUGUC